AGCUACAAAAGCCUCCCACCGUCUGCCCAUUGUUCACUGGCAUCAUUGUUGGUCUGACCAUCCAGCUGCUCAGCCAUGGCCCCCAAGAAAGCCAAAAAGAGGACGGCAGAGGGAGCCAACUCCAACGUGUUCUCCAUGUUUGAGCAGGCCCAGAUCCAGGAAUUCAAAGAGGCCUUCACCAUCAUGGACCAGAACAGAGACGGCUUCAUCGACAAGAACGACCUGAGAGACACUUUUGCUGCUCUAGGUCGUCUCAAUGUGAAACAGGAGGAGAUCGAUGAGAUGCUCAAAGAGGCUCCAGGCCCCAUCAACUUCACCGUCUUUCUCACCAUGUUUGGUGAGAAACUGAAAGGUGCCGAUCCAGAGGAGACCAUCCUCAACGCAUUUAAAGUCUUUGACCCUGAAGCGAAGGGUGUGCUGAGGAAGGAUUAUGUGACAGAGAUGCUGACGACACAAGCCGACCGAUUCUCUGCUGAAGAGAUGGAGCAGAUGUUCACCGCCUUCCCUCCAGAUGUGGCAGGAAACCUGGAUUACAAGAACCUGGUCCACAUCAUUACCCACGGAGAGGAAAAGGACCAGGAGUGACCCAUGUGACUUCAAACAGACCCACUGAAGGAGAUACAGUACCAGCUACUGUCCCCCCUCCUCCCCACACUGUUUCUGUACAGCACUCAUUCAAGAGCGCGAGAGGAUUUAAGGGAACCGUUUCCCUUAAUGGCGCCCAAAAUGGACAGUUGAUGAUGUCAACAUACUGAACACUCUCCCUCCCUUUCUGCGUUGUGUUCCCACAUUCAUGUUUUUUUUUUACAGACACCAAAACCAAUCGCCUGUCUCUGCUUUAUGGAAAAACAAUCUAUUUCAUCAUCUGUGUGUGUUUGUCUAAUAAAGGUUUUCAAAGACAGUGA